AAUCAUUUUCGGUUAGCUUACGUAAGUGUCUGUUGUCUCUCAUUUAACAGUCGCUCUGGUAAAACAACAGUUUAUAGACCACAGCCACCAGUAUAAGGUAAAUGUAAAGUAAGCUGAAAUUCUUUUUUUUUCUCCCCAAUUUUGUCGGUAUCUCUGCUUUCCUUUCAGAAAUGUUUCUGUAUAUCCUGGGCUUCGUGGCCUUUUUAUUUCUGUACCGCUGGUUCAGAGAGACAAAGACGGUACCGAACGUGUCAGAGAAGUAUGUAUACAUCACAGGCUGCGACACCGGAUUUGGAAACUUGCUGGCGAGGCAUCUGGAUAAACUGGGUUUCCGUGUGAUUGCUGGCUGCUACACUGAAAAAGGAGAGGAUGAGCUGAAAAAGUGCUCCUCUGACAGACUGACUACUCUUCAUUUAGACGUAACUAACGGUGAAAGCAUCAGCAAAGCAACAGAAUUCAUUAAAAGCUUGGUUGGAGAGAGAGGUCUCUGGGCAGUGGUAAACAACGCUGGGGUGUCUGUCCCGUCUGCGCCUAAUGACUGGCUGACCGUUGACGACUUCAAGCCUAUGAUAGAAGUGAACCUGUAUGGGGUCAUUGCUGUCACGCUAAGUGUCCUGCCGCUCAUAAAGAAAGCCAAGGGCAGAGUGGUAAAUAUAGCCAGUGUAUUUGGAAGGAUCAGUCCUUUUGGAGGACCUUACUGCAUUUCCAAAUAUGGAGUGGAGGCUUUCAAUGACAGCUUACGAAUGAACAUGACUGCUUUUGGAGUUAAGGUUCUGUGUAUUGAGCCUGGAUUUUUUAAGACAUCCGUGACCGACGUUGACCUGAUCGAUAAGAACCUUCGGAGACUGUGGGACAAACUGCCUCAGGAUGUGAGAGAUGAUUAUGGCAGUGACUACAUGGACAGAGGUAUCUCUCCGGAAAAGUUUUCGAAGAUGUUGGAUGGGGAUCUGAUGAAGGUGGUGAACUGCAUGGCACACGCCGUCUCUGCUGCCCACCCCAGGACCCGGUACUCACCCGGCUGGGACGCCAAGUUUUUCUGGCUGCCCGUCUCCUACAUGCCCACAUGCAUCUCCGAUAGACUACUCCUAAAAGAUGCAGUUAAACCUAAAGUUGCACUUAUGCAGUCCUAAUAAAGCUAAGAUGUUACAUUAACUGAAUCAGUCCCUCCAGGAGUUUGUGAGCCUUUUUUGGGGAUUGUUGCGGCCUAAAAACGCCUGAUUUCAUGGUAGUUUUUCUAAAAAAAAAUGUGACCCGUGUUGCGAUGAUCUCAUGUGUUUUUGUUUUUUUUUUUGCAAUGAAAUUGCGGGAACAACUGAAAAUUGCAAAAAUAGUUGCGAUUUUUCUUGUCUUUUGAAUUAUAAUUGGAUCUGUCACUGGAGUUUGCCUCAGUGAAGUAGGUCGCAAGUGCUACUUUCCGCUUGUAGCCACUGCUUAUGUUUGGCCGUCUUUUAUGUCUGCAUUUCUACCGUGCGCAACCCAGAAUGUGCUCCUGCAGUGUGUGCAGAACGCAGCAUUUUCGUUGACGGCUGCUUCAUGAAGAAACGGGUAACCUUCUGGAGGUCUUUAAAAAAGACCGACUUUCUCUUCUGCCUGAUGCUAACUGUUAGCGUACUGACAGAUUCUGUCAGACAGAGCCACAAACGUCACAGCAAUAGCUUAGACAACGACACAUUGAUUGACUGACACACUUAUAGACAAAUCACUGUUGAAUUCAAACAUGUGGUGCAUUUUUAUGGAGCGCCAUUUGUAGAAAAGUUGCACCCUCUGUUUUCCUGCUCAGUUUUUUCACAUCGGCCAAAGCUAUGAACACCAGAAACAGCCUCAAAAUGGUACAGCAGCUGCCAUGUUAGAAAAAGAAAAACGGAUCAGAAUCACGUUAUAAAAUUAGCCAUAUUCAGUUUAUCCGUUUUCCACACAAUGCUUCCUCUCUCAAACAUUGGGUUUCAAGUUAUAGCCUAACAAAAUAAAUUCUCUUGUUAAAACGUGAAAAACGUCUUGUUAUCACAAUAAACUUUUCACAAAAUGUUUUUCUUUUUCUGGCGUGGCAGCUGCCAUACUAUUUUGAAGCUGUUUCUGGUGUUCACAGCUUUGGCAGAUGUGGCUGAGACUGCCCCUUUCCAGGCAAAACAUUGAGGGGCGUGGUCAAUUAGCAUAUCCACUACAUAUUUAGUUUUCAAAUCUUACAUUUAGAUUUAACAUUUCCAUUUAGCAUUUAUAUUUAACAUUUACAUUUACACUUAACAUUUAUAUUUAUAUAAUAUAUUAUUGUAUAAUUUUGGUUUAAUGCAGAUCAUUACCGUUGGAAAAGGCAUUGCAAUAUUUCACAUGAAUUUCCCUCUAAAUGUUUAAGAAAGUGACAGUUGAAAAAUGUAGUGCAUUUUUUUUUACAUUUGGUACUGCUAAAUGUGAAAAAACUGAGCAGGAAACCAGAAGGUGCAACUUUGUACAAACGGUGCCCCAUAUAAUUUUGUUUGUCUUUUUUGAUUGUGUUAGGUAAUAAGGAGCAGGACAGAACAUGAUAAACGUCUACGUAAGCACUGAAAUCAAUAGUAUUAGUAUUAUAAUUAUUAUUUUAAUUGUGGUGAAAACUGGCAAAAUUUGGUAGUGAAUGUUCAAAACCGGGACAUGUUUUACAGAUAUUUGUCGGGACAAUCCCGGACAAACCGGGGGCGUCUGGUCACAAUAUCUUAAGCAGUUAUUUUUGCUGUUAUUUUGCGAAAUGCUGGAGGGACUGAUUAACUAUUUUGAUAAUAAUUUUAAUGUUGGCAUCUUUAGGGCAUUACCACUAAAAUAAAAAGACUGAUGUUUUAGUAAGUGUAGAGUUGUUAUUUGAUAUAAAAAAAUAGGUAUUAUAAGGACAUUUUUUUCCCCAGAUUGUUUUGUGUAAUUGCUGUUCAAUUGCUGUUACUUUCAAGUCGUAUAGAUUUGGGUUUUUUUUAUACUAUAUGUAGUUCCUAUUUCUAACCUUGCUCAGGAUGAGUAUUUUUCUCAGUGCGAGAUUACUAAGAGAGAUUGGUUAAAUAUUACAUGCAGAAAAACUAAUAGGCUAUGUCCAGGAGGACUGAUAUGUGUACCUCUUGGAUUAUUGUUUCUGUCCUUUGCUGUGCUUCCUCUGGUUCGUCAUCCAACCAGGAUAUGAUCUAAAAAUACCCCAUAAAGCUGUGACACCCCUUCCAAAAUU